UUCGCUGUCAGAACCGCUGCUGCAAGGAGGGCAGUGACCGUGUUUGUGCAGAUAUCUCUCAUUUCUCGGGUUCAGCGGGAGCCGUGGCAUAAUAAAACACCUUUACAGCCGUGAAGCGAAGUAACCUGCCUCUCCACAAAUGCAAGCUAUUAAAUGCGUGGUGGUCGGCGACGGGGCGGUGGGUAAAACCUGUCUGCUGAUCAGCUACACCACAAAUGCCUUCCCCGGCGAGUACAUCCCUACAGUAUUUGACAACUACUCUGCCAAUGUGAUGGUGGAUGGCAAACCAGUCAACUUGGGCUUAUGGGACACAGCAGGACAGGAGGACUACGAUCGCCUUCGCCCGCUCUCGUACCCGCAGACGGAUGUGUUUUUAAUAUGCUUUUCAUUGGUGAGCCCAGCGUCCUUUGAGAAUGUCCGUGCAAAGUGGUACCCCGAGGUGCGACACCACUGCCCCAACACACCCAUCAUCCUGGUGGGCACCAAACUGGACCUGCGGGAUGAUAAGGACACCAUAGAGCGGCUACGGGACAAGAAGCUGUCGCCCAUCACAUACCCGCAGGGCCUGGCCAUGGCCCGAGAGAUCGGGUCUGUGAAGUAUCUGGAGUGCUCUGCUCUGACUCAGCGCGGGCUAAAGACUGUGUUUGACGAAGCCAUCCGCGCCGUCCUCUGCCCUCCACCCGUCAAAAAACGCGGCAAGCGCUGCACUCUCUUCUGAGCGCACACAGAUUUUUAAUCAGCCUCUUGGAAAAUAUACUGUACUACUCUCGCAGGUUCAGUGACAGCCGUCCAUGAAGCUCUAAUGCACAUCACAUAUAUAUGAACCAUUGGUAGAGGGAAACCUCGCGCCCCGAGACGUAAUAUUCCAUUUCAUAUCGUUUAUCUGAGAAGUUUUAGUGGUACAGUGUAAUUGUUGACAUACUGUAAGUGUUGUAAAGGAAGCGUGUCAAAGACAUGGGAACGUUCUGUUGAUUUAGACGCUCUUGUACAAAGCUAUCCGUUCGCAGUAUUAGUUCACGACCCAUGAGCGAGUCAAACAGGAUAUUCAACGAGAAAGAACCGUAGCAAAUGUCUGGAUCGUGAAAAGCGAAGCUGGUCAUGUAAGGGUUAAAAAUCAAGUUCAGUUUUGUGUCCAGCUAACAAAAACAAUUUGUUCUAAGAACGUUUUGCUACACAAGUUAUGAAAACAUUAUUUCUGAACAUUUUUUUAAAAUGCAAACAUCAGAGGAACGUUCCAUUUUAUUAUUUGGCAAACAUGAGAACGUUACUUUUGAAUGUUCUCUGAAGUGCC